AUGCGCAAAGGUGAUUGUCUCAAAGCAAUUUCGAAAAUGGACCGUGCAAUUCUUGCAUACUGCAAAAGUCUUGAGAUUGAUAUAAGAAAUGUUCAGCUAUUCAAUUCACUUGUGCAAUGCGUUCGUGCAACUCCAAUUAAAGAAAAUUUGACAGAAUCUUUUAAAGCAAUGUACAGUUGUGAUGGAGAUUUCGAUUUAUUCUCAAUUGUGAGCUUGAUUGGCCAAGAAUAUUUAUCUGUUGGCUAUAAUUCUGAAGCAAUUCUAUUUCUUAAUUAUGCUAUGGAGCUUGAUUCAGAAAAUUUGCAUAUGAAACUUUCUGUUGCUGGUGCAUUAUCUCGAGCUCAUUUCGAGCAACGAAACUACCGAAAAGCUCUUGAUUGUCUUAAACUCGAACUUGAAUACGCUGAACAUCUCGAUUUUGAAGAGAAGCAAGAAAGAAUCCAUGAAAAUAUAGCGAAAAUUGCAUUCAUGGAAGAUGAAAUAAUUCUAACCGUCAUUCAUACAAAGAAAGCAAUUAUACUGAAGGACAAAAGAGGAGCAUGCACGAUGGAACUAUCGAAACUGCUCAGUGAUUUGUUGUUUCAAAUCGGAGACUACUCUGCAGCAAGUGAUGCUUUGGCAGCAACAAGUUCAGCUUCUAGCACCGACUUCUUGUUUAGGCUAGCCAAGAUUUCGAUGGCGAAAAAUGAACUAAAAGAAGCUGUGAAUUAUUGCAAUGAGAUCAUAAAUUUAUCUUCUUGUUCGACCGAAAAGUCGGUUGCAACUGUUAUAAAAUGCAAAUGUCUUUUGGCUCUUAGGGAAACUUCCACAGCGAUGAAUAUUCUCAAAUCAUUUAUUGCACAAUUUCCUACUAAUGAAUCUUCUCCAAGACUUGUUGCUCUUUUCUUUGGAGUUUUAAAUGAAUGUCACCUAGCGAUAGGACAAUAUUCAUUGGCUCGCAAAUGGGCCAAGAAACAAUUGAAAAUAGCUAUCGAAAAUGGCUUCGACGAUUUAGAAGCCGAUGCUGUUAGGAAUCUUGCGAACAUUUAUAUUGAAAUCGAUGAUUAUAAAAAUGCGCUAACUUUGUGGAGAAGAUAUUGUCAACUAUGCCAAGUUUCAACGAUUGGUUUUUUCUUAAAAUAUUUUAAUUCUUCAUAA